CACAUCAUACUCACAAAAUUUCAUGCAGAUGAAUAGCCGAACAAAACGCAGCUCGUCCGGCGACAAGUUCUCGUUCCCGGUCAUAAACCAGGAUUCCGACGAGUUCGAAUUUACGUCCCCGAAUUCCCCUGCCGAUCGCUUCUUCUCCAACGGCAAGCUCCUGCCGCAUGCCUUCCCUGUCCAAACGCACAACAGCUUCUCCUACUCGCGGUCGACCAGCAUCGGCAGCAAGGAUUCGUUGAUGUCGUCGCGAAGCAACAGCAGGAGCAGCACCAGCACCAGCGCCCGGACCAGCACCAGCGAGGCGUCCGAGAGGCGGAGAGAGAGGAGCGUUAGACCAGCCGCGAUGAGCUGUCAGUGUCAGUCGCGGAGGUGGCAACUGAUCGCGGCAGCGCCGGUGUUGAAGCACCACGGAUCGAGGUCGACAAGGACUGAGACUGCUGUUGAUCGGAAAGCGUCGAGGGGUGCCGACGGGGGCUGUCAUAAGGGCUCCAAAUCUUGGUUUAAAAGUAACUUUUUGAAGUCGUUUGUGUCUGCAUGCCAAGAGUGUCAUGCCAUCAAAACAUGAGCCUUUGUCGGAGAAUUUGGGAUUUUAAAGUUUUGUUAUGGAAAUGGUGGAAAGGUUUAAUUAAGAAUUUCGCGAAUGUAGGUAAGUUUAAUUGUAAUUAAAGAAUAUCUUGCUGAUAUAAGUUUGACUGAAAUGCUUGUACCGUUUUAUCACCUUCGAAUUUCUUUGAGAACAAAAUGAGAGUUUUGUCAAACUGAAAA